CACACACAUACACACACACGCACGCAGACAGGCAGUGAGUGAAGCUGCAGGAGCUCGCGGGGGGACACUACACACACACACACACUGAGAUACAGCCUAACGGAGGAGCGAGGAGCGAGCGCGAGCAGCCAUGUCGGUCUUGUUGCCCCGCUCUGUUGGGGAGCUGCAGCUGUACCGCGUCCUGCAGAGGGCCAACCUGCUGUGCUACUACGCCACUUUCGUCCAGCAGGGCGGUGACGACGUCCAGCAGCUAUGCGAAGCCGCCGAGGACGAAUUCCUUGAGAUCAUGGCUCUGGUCGGCAUGGCGACCAAGCCGCUGCACGUGCGGCGCCUGCAGAAGGCCCUGCGAGAUUGGGUCACUAACCCCUCCCUGUUUGACCAGCCUCUGACAUCACUUCCUGCCUGCAGUAUACCGGUGUACAAGCUUCAAGAAGGUUCACCGACUGUCCGCAGCGCAGGACAAAAGACGCAACCCACAGAAACCAGGGCCUGGAGUCUGAGCCCCUGUGGCGCAGGGGGUGGGGCAGCUACCCCUGGCUCCUCCCCUCGGCCAGGGUCCGAAAGCCCCUCUCCCACCUCCGCCUGCUCCCCCUGCUGGAGCGGAGAGCCGCCUGAGACACUGGAGCCGGCCGUCCUGCGCUGCGUGUCCGAGUGCGUGCGAAGGCUGGCCCCCACGCUUCCCAAGAGCGACCCUGCGGAGGUGAAGGGGCGUCUCCGUGGCAACAAGAAGCUGAGCCGGACGAUCAGCCUCCUCUGCGAGCUGAGCGAAGACGACCCGCGGAGGGAGGAGGAGAUCCGCAAGUACAGCGCCAUCUACGGGCGCUUCGACUCCAAGAGACGGGACGGCAGGCUGCUCACCACUCACGAGCUGGUGGUGAACGAGGCCGCUGCUCAGUUGUGUUUGUGGGACGCGGGUCUGCUCACUCACAGAGACCAGCUCUUCUCUCUGGCCAGACACAUCUCACGAGAGGUCACCUACAGACACGCCUUCAGGAACAGGCCUGGCCGAGAGGAAGAGGAGGAGCUGCUCUCACCCAAACGAAUUAAGAUUGAGGACGGUGUAUGUGGCCUGCAGGAGUCUCUCUAUCUCCUCCAUAUGCAGCAGGAGGCGCUGAGAGAGCGGUUAGCAUGCGCUAAGUCUAAAGGAGAAGAGAGUAUCAUACAGGCUUUACAGGUGGAGUUGGACUCUGUGUUCUGCAGGCAGGUUGAGCUGUUGCAGGACGCUGCACUUCAGGAGCGGAGCGUCCACCCAACUGCCCUCAGAUACAGCACUGACCCCAACGACCCCAACACUAACCACACUGCCCACCCAGCAGCGGAGCGACCUGUGAGCCUGUGCGUGACUGGCCGAAACACAUCCAGUGGGGAGAUCCCAUUGGGUCGCCAGUUAGCCAUUGAGCUGAAGCAGCAUCACAAACAUCGGCAUAAACAGAGCAUAGAAGAGCAGCAUCAUCGAGAGAGGAACUCAGAAAUGGGACAAACUGAGACAACAGAAAACAGGACACCCCAGCAAAAGCUUUGCCCCCUGGACUACACAAAGAUCAAGUCAGAACCAGAAGACUCCAGAUAGCAGAACCUAGAAGAGCUAAAUUCAGCGUCUCGUCCAUCAGCCUGGACUGUUCUGCCUUAAAGAGAUCAAUGCUGGAAAAACGAUCCGUCUCUGUUUCGGUUUGUAACAUAGUUUUACAGUGAACGUAAUGUUGUUAGCGUUAGCCAAACCUCAUAUUGGCGUAACAGGAGAAGGAAAAAUAUUCUUAACCUAAUGUAUAUUAAUAGUGAUAUUUUAUUCCAGGUAUUUUGGACCAUUUUUGCUGGUUCAUUCAUCAUUAAACAUUCAUACAGUGUAUGUUCAUGCAAUGUAAAGGGGAACUGUUGUAAAAAAAAUUCAAACCGAAAUGAUUUUGUUAUGAUAGUCUAGCUGGACUAGUUAUGGGAUAUUCUGUGUUUGUGGCUGUACAUUGUUGUAUAUUAGUGUGUUUGCACAUUUGUGUCUUCAUGUAACCUUUAGUAAAAUGAGUGAACCUAGUAGAAUUUCUAUAGUGAAAGCCUAUUGAAGAGUAGCCAGGAUUGUGUUUAAUCACAGUUUAUUAGUACCUCUCAGUUGUGAGAACACAGUUACAUAAUAUUCAAUAAACACACCCUGGCCACUUUAUCAGAAACCCUUCUUUUGUAGCUCCACCUCGCUGCUGGU